AUGUCGGGGGUGUGGGUGUUCAAGAACGGCGUGGUGCGGCUGGUGGAGAACCCGGCGAGCGAGUCGGCGGCGGGGGCGCGUGGGAGGAAGGUGCUGGUGCACGCGCCGAGCAACGAGGUGAUCACGUCGUACGCGGUGCUGGAGCGGAAGCUGUCGGAGCUCGGGUGGGAGAGGUACUACGACGACCCGGAGCUGCUACAGUUCCACAAAAGGUCUACCGUCCACCUCAUUAGCCUCCCCAGGGACUUCAACAGGCUCAAGUCCAUGCACAUGUACGACAUCGUCGUCAAGAACCGCAACAUGUUCGAGGUCCGCGACCUCUAA